ACCCAAGACGGAGCUUCUAGUUUAGUUCAGAACAUUCAUUCUAUCGGUUUAUCUGAUAUCCAUCUCUCUUUACUAUCCACAUACUUCUUCUUCUUCUUCUUUUAGAUUUUUAUUAAAAGAGCGAGAGAAGACAUAAGACAUAAUCAUGCUGAGGUUACUGGUAAGCGAAACGCAUAUUCGACGAUACGCUUUUUUAUUUGACGCUUUACUCUCUACAAUAUUAAACGAUACAAUCUCUUUAAGCACGAGGGAAUCCUAACACGCUUCUGCUGCAUAUCAUCAUUUUUUUUUUCUUUUCUUUUUCUACAUUUUAUCUUUUCUUAUUUAAAAGUGAAAUCUUGUCAACCUGAGGCAUCUUCUUCUUAAGUGCUCGUUAAAAUAUGUUUCAUAUUCAUGUAGAAAACGAUACCUCUAAUUUAAGAUUAUUAUUUAUUUUCUUUCUUUUUUUUUGUUCAUUAUAAUUUUUUCUAAUCUACAGAUACCAUGCCUUUUAUGGCUGGCGAGUGUCCGCUCGCACGGCGUUGAACAUAUGGAUACGGAAAUGAUGAAUUCCGGUACAAUUGAUUCUUCGAUGACCAAAUUGAAAAGACAUUAUGUUCAGCCGCCUUGUCCACCACAGUAUCACGUUCCAUCUUAUCAUCAAUCAUCUUAUCUUAUAAAAGCCUAUGAACAGCCUAGUUAUCCGAAAAAGGAAGUGACAGUUCAUCAACCACCACUACAGUCACAUUACACCUUAAGUCAUCAACCAAGUUACUCAAUCAUUCCAAAACAGCAUGUGACUUACGUUAAGCCGCAAGUAGUCAGUUAUCAACCAGUUCAUGCACCAUCCUAUUCGGUACAUCCUGUUCAAUCAGUUGUCAAACCAUGGAUGCCAGAAUAUACACCGCCUAAAGUGAUAUAUCAAAAACCGUCGUAUACUUACGCACCGAUUUAUCAAAAGCCAAUGUACGAGAUGCCAAAAAUUUACGUGAAAAAACUCGAAGUACCUGCGGUUCAAACGCAAAUCGUUUAUCAAAAACCAGGAAUUGUUUAUCAAAAACCAGCUGUCGUUUAUCAAAAAUCACAUCCAAUUACAUACGUUCCACCCCCACCACCACCAGCUAAAGUUAUCCAUGUACAAGCACCAGUUUCUUACGUUAAAAUUGCACAACCACCGCCAAUGAUUCAUCCACCUGUCUAUCUUCCACCUGCACCUGUUCAUCACGCCCCUGCUAUCGUCAAAAUAGCUAAACCUAUGUGCGAUUGAAAUACUGAAAUGAAUUUAACCCCGAGGAAAAAGAAAAAUAUCUAAUUUAAUUAAUCGUCUAUAUCUCUUAUUUUUUUGUUAUAAAAUUAGGGGAUAAACUGAUAGCUCGCACGAAAAAAAAAAACGAUUUGUUUAAAGCAAUCAAAGAAACUUAUUGAGCAUGAAUUAAACUGCCAUAAUGAGCCACAUUUAUCGAUCAUAAUUUAAUAAAAAAGUUUACACAUUUGUAAUCUAUUCACCCAACAAAUAAAUCUGUCUUACGUGAUUACGGCAAUAAUGAAGUUUUUAUUAUAUCCCACGCUUUAACUUUUAAAAAUAGUCUUAUUAUUCUUUCAACUUCCUUCCUGUCUAUUGGGGAUCUGGCAAAUUUUGUGUAAGUAUCUAUAUAUCUUUCUCUCAUACUUACGAAAUCACACAUUGGAUUCUAAUUUUUUACGUAAACACUGAAAGUUAUCGUUGAAUAAUUCUCGAAUAGAACCAUUCCAGAAUCAUUAUAUCGUUUUUAUAAUCAUUUAACAACUAACAUUCUUCUACAGUAAUUGUAGAAACUAUGCAAAGAAAAUUCUUAAAAUGGACAUAAUUAAACCAACCAUUUACCUAUAUCUUUUGAAUUAUUUAGAAAUCAAUGAUACGAUAAAAAACUAAUUAAGCAUAAAUACAAAUCGAGGUUUUUUCAAGAUAUUUCAAAGAACCAUCUUUGUUUCGUCAGAAACAACUCGUAACGCUACACGCAGUUAAUUGCACAACGCCUUCGGCAACGUACAUUUAAUUUUCAUUUUGAAAUUUUGUUGAAAGGUUGCUUAUUCGAACUCUCUACA